UCUCCAUUCAUUGGCUGUGAAGGCGGAAGUGAGUCGCAUUAACCCUUCCGCCAACAUCAAUACAAACACACAACAUCGCCGCAAGAAAACAGUAUGGAGCUGGCCCACAGUCUGCUGCUGAAUGAAGAAGCGCUGGCUCACGUCACCGAGGCCAAGAGAGCCGUCUUCAUCUUCGAGUGGCUCCGCUUCCUGGAUAAAGUUCUGAUCGCUGCUAACAAGGUGGAUGUGAAGGAGAAGCAGAAGCAGCUGGUGGAGCAGCUGACGGGGUUGAUCAGCAGUUCCCCCGGGCCGCCCACUCGUAAGCUGCUCUCCAAGAACCUGGCGGUGCUUUACUCCAUCGGCGACACCUUCACCGUCUUCCAGACACUCGACCGGUGCAACGACAUCAUCAGGAGCAAAGAUGACACCGCUGCUUACUUACCCACCAAACUCGCUGCGGUGGCGUGUGUCGGGGCGUUCUACGAGCGUAUGGGCCGAAUGCUGGGCAGCUCUUUCCCUGACACCAUCAACAACCUCCUGAAAGCCCUGAAGAGUGCAGAGGCUCAGGGUCGAGGCGAGAUCCUGCUGAGUCUGCAGAAAGUGCUCAGUGGUCUCGGUGGAGCGGCGGCCUCGUGUCACAGAGACAUCUAUAAGAACACGCGCUCAAUGCUCACCGACAGAUCCAUGGCCGUCCGCUGCGCCGUCGCCAAGUGUCUGCUAGAGCUGCAGAACGAGGCCGUGUUCAUCUGGACCACUGAGCUGGAGAACGUGGCCACUCUGUGUUUCAAGGCUCUGGAGGGCUCGACGUACGGUGUGCGUGUCGCUGUGUCCUCACUGCUGGGAACCGCCAUGGCCACCGCGCUCAUGCCCAAACAGGCCACCGUGAUGCGGCAGAACGUGAAGCGAGCGACUCUGGAGGAGGUUCUGGAGCUGAUGUCCACAGGGUUCCUGCGUGGAGGAUCAGGGUUCCUGAAGAGUGGAGGAGAGAUGCUGAAAGGAGCCUCGGUCAGUCGAGAGGUGCGCGUCGGGGUCACUCAGGCGUAUGUAGUGUUCGUCACGACUCUGGGCGGCCAGUGGUUGGAGCGUAACUUCGCAGUGUUCCUGUCUCAUCUGCUGGAGCUGGUGGCUCACCCGCGCGCCACACAGACCCACGUGGAGGCCGUGUACUCCCGCCGCUGCGUGUCCUUCGCCUUGCGGGCGACGCUGGGAGGGCUGCUGGGGGAGAAGGCUCAGAUCGCGGCUGCCAAGGAGAUCUGCCUGGCCAUCAGCAAACAGAUGAGAGCCGUGGAGGCGGUGGUGAACGACCCGAGCAGCGAGAGCCGCGCCGGAGCCGCGGACGUGUCGGCUAGUCAGCAUGUGAUGGUGUGCGCGCUGAAGGAGCUGGGCAGUUUGGUCCAGAGUCUGAGCGCCACGGCCUCCCCGCUGAUCCUGGAGCCGUCCGUCGGUUUUCUGGAGACGGUGACGUCUGUGCUGCUGCACCCGAGUAUGGCGGCUCGUCUGUCGGCUGCCUGGUGUCUGCGCUGCGUUUCUGUCGCUCUUCCACACCAGCUCACGCCUCUGCUGGACCGCUGCGCUGAGUGCAUCAACAACCUGAAGAACUCGCCCGAGGCCGUGAGCGGGUACAGCUUCGCCAUGGCGGCUCUGCUGGGAGGAGUCCAUCAGUGUCCUCUGGGCAUCCCACACUCCAAGGGCAAGAUGGUGGUGAGUAUAGCUGAGGAUCUGCUGCGUUCGGCAGCGCAGAACAGCCGUAUGUCUCUCCAGCGGACUCAAGCCGGCUGGCUGUUGUUAGGAGCGCUCAUGACCUUAGGACCGUCUUUAGUGCGUUACCACCUGCCCAAGAUGCUGCUGCUGUGGCGUAACGUGUUCCCUCGCUCCCAGAAGGAGCUGGAGGCGGAGAAGGCCAGAGGAGACUCCUUCAGCUGGCAGGUGAUGCUGGAGGGCCGCGCCGGAGCCCUGUGCGCCAUGCGCAGCUUUGUGGCCCAUUGUCCAGAGCUGCUGACGGAGGACGUGAUCCGCAGACUGAUGACGCCCAUCGAGUGUGCCAUGACCAUGAUGUCUCAUGUCCCUGCAGUGAUCAAGGUUCACGGAGCUCACCUGAAGGCCAGCGCUGCCAUGGUGCGCCUGCGACUCUACGAUAUACUGGCUCUGCUGCCGCCCAAGACGUACGAAGGCAGCUUUAACGCUCUCCUGCGCGAGCUGGUGGCCGAGUUCACGCUCACGGAUAACUCCGCCAACACCACCACGUCUCUGCUGCGCUCGCUGUGCCAUUACGACGACAGUGUGCUGAUGGGCUCCUGGCUUCAGGAAACCGACCACAAGUCCAUCGAGGAUCAGCUCCAGCCGAACAGUGCGUCGGGCAGCGGCGCGCUGGAACACGACCCGUCCUCCAUAUACCUGCGUGUGCCCGUGGGCGAGGCCGUGCCCGGGCCGCUGCCGCUCGGCGUGUCCGUGAUCGACGCCUCCGUCGCCCUGUUCGGGGUCGUGUUCCCUCACGUCUCCUUCAAGCACAGGUUGCAAAUGCUGGAUCACUUUGCCGAAUGCAUCAAACAAGCUAAAGGAGUCCGUCAGCAGGCCGUCCAGCUAAACAUAUUCACUGCAGUGCUGAGCGCUCUCAAGGGUCUGGCUGAGAACAAGAGCAGUCUGGGUCCAGAAGAGGUGCGUAAGUCUGCUCUGGCGCUGGUGAUGGGCGCGCUGGACAACCCGAACCCCAUCCUGCGCUGCGCCGCGGGCGAGGCUCUGGGACGCAUGGCACAGGUCGUCGGGGAGGCGUCCUUCAUCGCCCGCAUGGCACAGCACAGCUUCGACAAGCUGAAGUCUGCGCGUGACGUGGUGUCCAGGACGGGCCACUCUCUGGCGUUAGGAUGCCUGCACCGGUACGUGGGCGGCAUCGGGUCGGGCCAGCACCUGAAGACUAGCGUUAGCAUCCUGCUAGCCUUAGCUCAAGACGCCACGUGCCACGAGGUCCAGACGUGGGCGCUGCACUCCCUGGCUCUGAUCGUGGACUCCAGCGGGCCCAUGUACCGGGGCUAUGUGGAGCCCACGCUGUCUCUGGUGCUGACGCUGCUGCUCACGGUGCCGCCCUCACACACAGAGGUGCAUCAGUGUCUGGGCCGCUGUCUCGGGGCGCUCAUCACCACCGUCGGCCCAGAACUACAGGGGAACGGCAGCAGCGUGUCGACGAUCCGCUCGUCGUGUCUGGUGGGCUGUGCCAUCAUGCAGGAUCACUCGGACUCUCUGGUGCAGGCGGCGGCCAUCUCGUGUCUCCAGCAGCUGCAUAUGUUCGCGCCGCGACACGUCAACCUGUCCAGCCUCGUGCCCUGCCUCUGUGUGCAUCUGUGCAGCUCUCACCUGCUGUUACGGCGGGCCGCUGUGGCGUGUCUCCGUCAGCUGGCUCAGCGAGAGGCUCCUGAGGUGUGUGAAUACGCCAUGAGUCUCGCCAGGAGGGCCGGGGACGCCAAAGACAACUCUACCCUCAAUCUGAACAUCACCGAGACCGGGCUGGAAGGUGUUCUGUUCGGGAUGCUGGACCGGGAGACGGAUCGGAAGCUGUGCUCGGACAUCCACGACACACUGGGUCACAUGCUCUCGUCUCUGGCUGUGGGGAAACUUCCUCACUGGCUCAAGCUCUGCAAAGAUGUGCUGGCAGCGACUACAGAGGUCGGAGGGACGGUGGCGUCUCAGAGCCGACGGAAGGAGGAGGACGACGACUCCGAGAAGAAGGAUGAGAUGGAUGAUGACAUCAUGUUCACGUCUCUGGGUCAGGAUGAGAAGGCCAAGCCGUCCGUGGCGCCGCGCUGGGUCACGCGAGUGUUCGCUGCCGACUGCCUGUGCCGGAUCAUCCAUCUGUGUGAGAAUGCAGACAAGGCCCACUUUGACCUGGCAGCAGCACGGGUCGCCAAGACCAAGAACCCUGAAGGGGACUUCCUCGUGCUGCACCUGUGUGAUCUGAUCCGCAUGGCGUUCAUGGCGGCGACGGACCACAGCCACCAGCUCCGCAUGGCAGGACUGCAGGCGCUCGAGGACAUCAUCAAGAAGUUCGCCGCGGUGCCGGAGCCCGAGUUCCCUGGUCAUGUGAUCCUGGAGCAGUAUCAGGCCAACGUUGGUGCCGCGCUCCGCCCAGCCUUUUCCCCGGACACGCCUUCAGACAUCACUGCUAAAGCCUGCCAGGUGUGCAGUGCGUGGAUAGGCAGCGGUGUGGUCAGUGACCUGAACGACCUGCGGCGCGUACACACUCUGCUGGUGUCGUCGCUGGACAAGCUUCAGGCCGGCCGGUCCUCCAGCCAGCUGUACAGCGAGAGCGCCACCACCAUGGAGAAACUGGCCGUGCUGAAGGCCUGGGCCGAGGUGUUUGUGGUGGCUAUGAAGAUAAAGCAGGAGUGUGAGUCUGGGCCGGCGCGUGCCGCUCCUCAGGGUGAGGAUGAGGAUGAUCAAGGAGAUGUUCUUCCUCCAGACAGCCUGAUGACCCUCGUCCAGCCGGAGCUGCCGUCUCUGAGCCGUCUGUGGUUGUCGGUGCUGAGAGAUUACGCUCUGCUCACUCUCCCUGCGGAGUUCUCCAGUCAGCUGCCGCCCGAAGGAGGGGCGUUUUACACUCCUGAGACGAUAGACACGGCCAGGCUUCACUACCGUAGCUCGUGGGCCUCUGUCCUGCACGCCGAGGCUCUGUGGCUCAGCAGCACCGGCUUCGGCACCUGCACCGUCUCCGGCACGGCUGAGGACUGCACCGAGAGCAAGAGCGCUUCCACCACGGCACCCGGCGGAAGCACUGAUGAUCUGGUGAAGGACCGAUUGCACCUCCUCCUGGGCAUCAGCAUUGAGUUCCUGUGCUUCCCUCGGGCCGAGGAGCCCAUAGAGGACGUGAUGUCGUGUCUGCACGCGCUCUGCACGCUGAUGGACUCGCCCAGCGCUCGCACACACAUCGCAGAGGACCAGUUGCUGGCUGUGGAGCUGCUGAACGUGCUUCACCGGCUCCUGCUGACCCGUGACCCGCAGAGCAUGCAGUUACAGGUGACGACGGUGGUGCAGAAAACCAUCCGCGCCGCACAGGAGCACCUGCAGCACAUCAGGACUGUGGAGGGGGACGAGGAGUGUGUGUCAGUGCUCGGGGAAGGAGGCGACACCGGCGAGCUUGUGCCAGGUAAAUCUCUGGUGUUCGCUGCGAUGGAGCUGCUGGUGUUUAUCCUGGUGCGACACCUUCCUCAGCUGAAGGAGGACGAGAGGAAAGAGGAGGAGAAGGAGAGACGCACUCCUCAACACCUGAGUGACGACAGCAGCAGACUGGUGGCAGCGUCAGUUACAGCCCUCGCAGAACUGCCCUCACUCUGCUCACCCGCAGGGAGCAUGACGAUCCUGCCCACGGUGCUGUUCCUGGUCACUGGAGUUCUGCGAGAGACGGCGGUUCAGACGAUCGAUCACUCCGUCCCGGCGCCGGUGUCUGCGGCUCUACAGGCCAUCAAGACCCUCCUCAGCCCUCGAGCGGCCCGGAGCCCUGCGCUGAUCCGCAGCAGCCUGGCCUCUGUGCUGGAGUUCUCACAGCCCGAGGCGUGUGUGGCCGGUGUGGAUGAGGUCAGUCUGCUGACGGCCGUCACACUGUUCCUGCUGUCGGCCAGUGAUGAGCUGAUCGGCGUCUCCGUCCUGCAGAACGGCUGUAUUGAGCGGUUCAGACACGGACUCUCUUCUGCAGACCCCUGGACUCAGGCGCGCUGCUGUCAGCUGCUGCUGUCGGUGUUCCAGCACCCGUGCCGGGCUCUCUCGGCUCCCUACAUCCACUCGCUGGCCCCGGGGCUCGUGGAGCAGCUGAGGAGCGUGGAGCAGAACCGGCCCGCCACCCCUGCCCAACUACAGGCCGUACAGGACGGGGUUAAAGUGCUGGAGAGCCUCGUCGCCAUGGCAGAGGAACACAGCCGAGUUCAGUUGCUGGCUCUGCUGGUGCCGACGCUCAUCUCAUACUUGCUGGACGAGACGAGCUUCUCCACGGCCCCCAGCUGCUCCACAGGCCUGCACGAGUUCGCCCUGCAGAACCUGAUGCACAUCGGCCCGCUGUACCCCGCGGCCUUCAAGACCGUCAUCGGGGCGGCGCCAGAACUCAAGACCCGGCUCGAGGCGGCCAUCAGAUCCACACAGGCCAACAGCAGAGCCAAGGCGGCGGCCAGACAGGCUCAGCCCAGUGUGCAAGCGGCGCCCACCAUCAAACUCAAGACCAGCUUCUUCUAGUCCAUCACCUGGGUGUCUGUAGAACGCUGAAGCGAAUAAAAGUUACAGUGACACUGUCAUAAAUCAUAAGGAUCUGUUACAAGCAUUACAUCUUGUUUGUUUUUAUGGGCACAUUUGAAAUGCACCUUAAGUCAAACUUAAUAACCUACUUUUGAAAGCUCACGUUACACUGGUGGAAAUAGACAUUCCCAUUUACCUGAAUAUUUCCAUGAACACAUUCCCAUGUUGUUGUUUUUUUAACUGUGUUGCUUUUUAUUAUUUUCUAUCUGAUCAUAAUUUAAGCCUCAUAUUAUCAUAUUUAUCAAUUUUCCAGAAAUUUCACAAAAGUGUGUGGUUUUUGGUCAGUAAUGAUCAUUGUUUUAAAGAUUCAAGUAUAAACUACUUGACUUCUGCUGUGAUUGUCUAUGAAUUCGGCUGAAUCGCUGUUUAAAUGUAGUUGCGGACUGGGAGUCUAUUGAAUAUUUUAGAGUUGCUCAAUGCUGGAGUUCUUGUUUGAGCUUUUAAUAACUUGAUUAUGUCUGCCUUUCAUUGCCUGUCAUUCAUUAAGUAAAAAUAUGUAAUAUAUGCA